AAUAAACCAAUAAGGAGUUCUCUUUCAAUUUUUUAAUAGUUAGGUAAUGAGUGACACGUGAAACUAAUUAUGAAGUUUAUCUGAUUGUCAACAAAGCUGAUUCUGGUGCACACUGUAUAGUUUGACAUAGCUGGUGAAGGUUUAAGGAGGGCUAGUUGCAAGGAAUAAUUGUUAGCUGAAGUUUACUUAGUCAUAGAUAGUAAGUGCCAUGGAUAAAUUGACGAUUGGAGCUAUCUUUCUGAUUUUGUUCGUAGCCUACAGCAAUGCUGCAUCUCCCUUUUUCAUAUCUGCAAUUACUUCUGCUUUGGCAACAAUUCCUUAUUCAGGCGGACCAAUGACCACGGGAUUAGUUGGUGCUAAACUGGGUAUAGGAACAAAGCUUCUUUACUACCUAGGUUAUUUUGGUCGAAAGGCACCAUCCACGCCAAAACAGAAAGCAGCUGCUUCCCCAAAACUUCCAUCAUCCUUCGGAGAAGGUGGAUUUUCUUCACCUUUUCAGUACAUGCAAUCUGGUGGAUUUCCUAACAGUUUUCCAUCUACUUCAAAUUUUCAAAACUCAUUUGGUGGUGUUGAUCCCUCACAACUUUUUCAAGCACUUAUUGCUCAAGGAGUUGAUCCUAAUGUGGUGAUUGAAGCAUUAAACUAUGCUGGAAGUAUGAAUCCUGCUCAAAAUGCAUUUGCCAGUAAUGGAGCAUUUGGUACGAGUGGAUCAUUUAGUGCUGGUGGUGGAGGAGCAGGUUUUCCAGCUAAUUCAGGAUUCUCAUCAGCAAUGUCGGGAGGAGCAGGUUUUCCAGCUAAUUCAGGAUUCUCAUCAGCAAUGCCGGGAGGAGCAGGUUUUCCAGCUAAUUCAGGAUUUUCAUCAGCAAUGCCGGGAGGAGCAGGUUUUCCAGGUAAUUCAGGAUUUUCAUCAGCAAUGCCGGGAGGAGCAGGUUUUCCAGCUAAUUCAGAAUUUUCAUCAGCAAUGCCGGGAGGAGCAGGUUUUUCAACUAAUUCAGGAUUUUCAUCAGCAAUACCCGCCCAUCAAUUUGCUGGACCCCAAGGAGGCACAGGAGGCUCAUUAAACCAACCUAUUGCACCAGAAACUUCAGCUUCAGAAAGUGAACCGGAUGAUGCAGAGAGCUUUUUCAACUUUUUGACAGACAUGGAUGAAAACACUUGUAUUUCAAGAUUAAUAUGCGACAUCGGGAAUAAGCCAUCUUUUCUAGGAGAAUUUUCAGAAAACAUUAGCAGCAUGGUUAGUUCGCUCAAGGUGCCACCAACCAGUCGAGCUUACAAGUAUAUUGAAAUAAUGGAAAGAGGAAAGAAAGACGGUCAGUGUAGCGUAAAGUUUCCAGAAUGUGGUGAUGUUUCGUAUGAAGUUGUUAAAAAUGUAGCUCCUUCUGUUAGUUUGCCUCAAAAUGUAAAUCCCGCAGAUAUAAACUUCUAAAGAGAAGCCUCAAAACUGAAUUUCAGUUUUUAAUUGUUGAAAACUAAAAUUGUUUAUAAAACAAUAAAGUUAAUUUUCUUUUA